AUGGUUUUCUUCUUAUUGCUUCUUGUGCUUGGUAUUGGAUUGGAGACUACAGGAACAACAGCACAAUCAAUAGGAGUUUGCUAUGGAAGAGUGGCAGAUAACUUGCCUCCAGCUAAUGAAGUUAUAGAUCUUUUAAAAUCAAAUAACAUUAAAAGAAUGAGAAUUUAUGACCCUGAUGAAGCAACAUUACAAGCCUUAAGAGGUUCCAACAUAGAACUUGUCAUUGGAGUCCCUAAUGAAAACAUUCAAACAAUUGCCACUGGGGUUUCAUCAGCUUCUUAUUGGGUCCAAAACUAUAUACUAAAAUAUUCAAAAGAUGUCAAAUUUAGGUAUAUUGUUGUUGGUAAUGAAAUAAAUCCUAAUGAUCCAACAUCGCAAUUUAUUCUCCCAGCAAUGCAGAACAUUAAUGCAGUACUUAUAUCUGCCAACUUACAAAAUAAAAUUAAAGUGUCAACAGCUAUACAAUUGGAUUUCUUAGGAAGCUCAUAUCCUCCAUCAACAGGAGCAUUUAGUAGUUCUUCAAAUUCAUAUAUAUCUUCAAUAGUUCAAUUUCUUUUGCAGAGUGAUGCACCACUUCUUGCUAAUGUAUACACUUAUUUUAGCUACAUAAGUGCCCCAAAAGAAAUUGAACUUUCAUUUGCAUUAUUAAAUUCACCAACAGUUCAAGUGAAUGAUGGGGAAUAUAAAUACACAAAUUUAUUUGAUGCAACAUUAGGAGCUCUUUAUUCAGCUCUUGAGAAAGUUGGUGGUGCUAAUUUGGAAGUUGUUGUAUCAGAAAGUGGAUGGCCUUCUGAUGGUGGUGUUGCUGCAACAGUUGAAAAUGCACAAGCUUACUAUAGUAAUUUGAUUAAGCAUGUGUCUAAUGGGACUCCUAAAAGGCCUAAUCAAGAAUUGGAAACUUAUUUGUUUGCUAUGUUUGAUGAAAAUAAAAAAGGACCUGCUAAAACAGAACGACAUUUUGGUUUGUUCACUCCUAAUAAACAACCUAAGUAUCAAAUUAGUGGUGACAUUGGAGCAUAUACUUCUCCAAAAGCUAGUCAUAUGCGUUUGGUUUGGCUGUGUUGCAUACUGUUUUAUGCUGCAUACCUACCUAUGGGUUUUACUUCUCAUGAUGAUACAGUUAUAAUAUUUGAUUUUGUUCUUACAUGGUGGUGCCCUGCACUGGGUUACUUUGCAUGGGUUAUUUGUAUCAACACUUUAUAUUCAAUGAUUGAUCUUGCACUUCUUAUGCAAGGUUAG